CCAGAGUGACGACAUCUCAUCCGUAAUUUUGGCAACAAUUCCAAACAUUCCAUUAGCUUUACAUUGAAUUGACAGGUCGUUUGCUCGUUUGGAACUGGGAGCUGUCAUUCCAAUCGAACAGCUGUCGCCAUUCUGAUUAUAGUCACUCUAGUAAAGCAAAUUGAACGAAUAUUUCGUGCAAUAUGUCGUUCGAUAAGCGCUCAAAAAACCAACAAAAUUGAACGGCCUGCUGAGAGGGUCUGUCGGAUCAGAAUAAUUGCACUCAGAGAUGCCAGGUUCACAGAUUAAUCUGCAAAUGAAGCCCUCAAACAAAUACAAAUAAUAAUACCCCUAGGUCCUAUACAAAACGAUCGUCAUUGUUUGCUUCACGAUAUGAUCAAUUAACCGUGGCCCAUUAUUCUACUCCAUUUUGACAAGAAAGACUUGACGAAAAAAUUUCUAACUGGCAACUUUUCUGAAUUGAAAAAGAUAGUAUUCAAUUAUUUGUAAACUGAGAUACUGGCUAAGACCGAAAGUCGAACUGUAUGUAUCGGACAAAAGAACAAUGUUCUGUUCUGAACGAAGAGAUAAUCAAUUUAGCGGUCUUAGCUGGGAUUUAGAUACCGGUAUCAUACAGUCAAAAUCACAGAAAAAGCGAGAUUGCGGAUUGUGUAACUCAACGCACCUUAAUGUCUACAGGAAACAUUAAACCGGCAUGUAAGAGCUUUACAUGCCCUACAAUAAAUAUUGAGCCGUCUUGGAGAAACAUAUCUGUCAUUAUGAAACAUAAUGGCAGCCAGCUUGAGUUCAAAUCUAUCGCUCCAGAUUUACAUCAAAAACUAAAAUUUUUAUAGUCAAAUUAUCGAUUAAACUAUCUCUCAAAUGUGUUUUUGCUGUUUUCGAAAAAAGUGCAACUGUUCAUAAUAAUGUGUAUUAUUUUCGUGGAGCCUUGAGACGAUGAGCUUAAUGAAAAUCUACGUUUGCAAAGAGAUAUGCGUCGAAUGUCACUAAAUAGAUAAAGUUCAUCAUUCCUAAGAAACACUAAAGUGUUUCUUCAAAAAGAUAGUUUUACGGAAUGAUUUUCAUCGUCCCAUUUUUUCAUUAACCAAAUAAUGGAAUGGUUAAGUACAGAGUGUUUUUCAAUAACAAAGUAAUAUUUAAGCUGUUCAAUGUCUUGGAGCAUUUUUUGGUUUUAGAGAUUUUCGUUUAUCUCAUGACGGUUGAAGAUCGUUCCAGGCUAAGGAAUUCGGUUUGAUGGAAUUCUGAUGAAUGCUAUCCAGGGCAUCAUCGUAACAAUGACAAACCACAGUAUUUAUGAUUUUAAUUCUGUUGUACCCGUAAGCGGAGCUUGUCGUAGGGAGGGAACUAUCUACAGGGCCCGGCACUCGAAGUGUAACCAAUUAAAAAGACCAUAAAUUCAGUUUGGAAAAUUACUUUUACUUAAUUCAAAGUACAAAAUGUGUAAAAAUAAUACAAAAUUCAGAAUCAAUUCACUUUUGCUCGAUAUGACCACCUUUUGCCUUGACUAUGGCCUUGAGACGGUCAAAAAACGAAUCGCAAGCUGCCCGAAUGUGACUUGCAGGUGUAUUUUGGCCCACUCGCGGACAAUAACUUUUUUCAGCGCCUCGAGACUGGUGUAUCUUUUAGUUCGGACUUUGCUCUCCGAAAUGGUCCAAAGAGAAUAAUCCAUUGGAUUCGCAUCUGGUGAAUUCGAGAGCCAUUGUGUGGACGUGAUGAAGUUCGGAACGUUGUUUUUCAGCCAUUCUUGGUUCACUCGAGCUUUGUGAGACGGUGCCGAGUCCUGCUGAAACGUCCAUAGUCUGCCACCGAAAUGUUUGUCUGCCCACGGCUUCAAAGCAACCUCCAGAAUACUUUCCCGAUAAUAUGUCGCAUUUACCUUGACGCCAGGCUCGAAGGUCUGAAGUUAGUUACACUUCGAGUGCCGGACCCUGUAGUAGUGAUUUCUUCAGAAAGAGAGAAAACGUCGACAAGUUUAAAAUUCAGAUAUAACAAUCGACAACUCUCAUUGUGUAACCUAAAAACACAGAAAGUUAUACUUUAUCAGCAAAGUAAUUUUUAAUAUUAGAAUACAAAAUCCUUUUUAAUUUACUUCACAAAAAUAUGCCUUGUUCGCAACAGCAUUUUUUUUUCUUAUUCAACCGCAAAAAAUAAUAAACAGUACACUAAGAAAAAUAAGAUGGUAACAACUACCAUAUGGGAGGUUAGUUUAACCAUACGAGUAUAGUGGAUUUCAGCACACAAUAAAAUCAGAUGAUGUUAACAAUAUGCAAGCUCACUUUUACUAUGACUGGUUUUGGAUCUAGAAUAGUAAUAUUGAACUGUAUAUCGUAUGAAUAACUACUAGAGUUGGAAUGUUUAGCAUAACCGUAAUAGCAUCUUAUUUUUACAUUGUACUCAUUGUUUUAACUAGUUCUAUGGUAUUUUUGACAUUUCACUUCUGGUUCGUUCGAAACACAGAAUUAUAGUUAAUUUGACAAUGGUGAAGAUCGUUCGAACAUGCGAAAAUGUUUAAAAGUUAUAUUAAUUGAAAUUUCUAUGCAAGAAUAACAAGAGUACAUUAAAACCUGCUUUAUUUUCCUAAUACAUUUUUACACUGAUUUAACAUUAUAUAAAGAAUUAUUCAAAAAAUUUUAAAAAUUUAUGUAUACAAUCAGAAAAAUAUUAUGGUAACAGUUAUUAUAUAGAGGGCCAACUUGACCAUGUGGGUAUAGUGGUUUUCAACCGACUAUUAAAUCAGAUGAUUUCAACAAUAGUCAAGUUCAUGUUUACUAUAAAUGGUAUCGGCUCUAGAAUAGUACUAUUGAAAAGUAUGUUGUAUGAAUAACUAAUACGAUUGAGAUGGUCAGCCAUGACCGAAUCUUUAUUUACAUUGUAGGUUUUGCUAUAAGAAGAGCCAUGGUAUUUUCGACAUUUCACUUCUAGUUAUUUCGAAACUAAAGCAGUGGUUGAUAAAACAAUACUGAAUCCAGGAAUCGGACGAUAUUCGUCGUUUUUACAUCAAUCGCUUGAUGUUGUUUCUACAGGGGCCGAUAAUGAAUAAUAAACCUUAUGCGAAACGUUAAUUUCACUGAAAAACAUAGCCAUUGCUGGCAAAAUUGUUGAAAAUUGAAAUUCAUCCACGAAAACUAGCAAGGCUACAAACUUUACUCACCUGCAAGAUCUACCAAAUUACACAAUAUAAGUCACAAUAUAAUUUUUUUUUUUUUUCAAAUCAAUCACUGAUAUCUACGAACGAAAUUUUCUGCUAUAUUGUAGCUUUAUGUGACAAUAACAAAGUACACCCGUUUAUUGACAAUUUGUAUAGUCAGCACAAAUGAAAUACAUAGUCGGUUAAAAAACACUAUACGAUAUUGUGCUUACUACAUAAAUUAUGUUGAUAUGGACUACAUGAAUAGUGUUUUCAAACUUCAUAAUUGUCUUUUAAACCAUGUUUCUAUUUAUGGUAACAUUAACAUACUGUGAACAUAUUUACAUGAUAGCAAUAACUAUUUCGCUUCUUAUAUAUAUAUCAAGGCUCGAGAGCAAUUUCAUCUUACUAAAAAUUGUGAUUUUAACUAUUUGUUCUUAUAUUUGAGAUGACUACCAUUGUCAGGAUGACCAUGCCAGAAAAGUCAUAAAUACAAAUAGUUUAGUCAAGUCGUAGUCUUUGUAGAGGCGUGCAAAACAGCUCGUUUUAGUGAACAGCUCCGAACCGAUCAGCUCACCAAAGUGAAUCGAUUCGAUGUAUCAGCUCAUCAGCUCUUUUAGUUUGAACUUAAAUUUCAUUUUGUGCGCCGUUUUUCUUAUGCACCGGUUUUCUUUCAUAUGCAUGAUCGAAAUUGACUCAUUGAUUCGCAUUGAUGCAAUGAAUGCAAUGCGAAUUAAUUUAUCUUUAAUUGAUGUCGACUAAAUUGAAUCUCUUAAAGAGCCGAAGAUCCGAUCAACUCGUAGCGUGUUCCUUUCGUCAUAAUGCAGUGAACUGGGUAGCAAAUGAGUGAGCUGAUGAGCUGCGGUUCUUUUGAAAAGAGCUGUGAGCUGUCAGCUCACUUCAAUGAUUCGAUUCACUGGAACAGCUCAGGAGCGAAUUGCCCAUCUCUAAGUCUUUGUUGUCUAGUAUUUUAUACAAUACAAAUGGUGAAUAGUCAUACAACAUGAUUGUUGCUACUAUUCAAGCGUAUAGUUGAAAUGACAAUGAAGAACGGGUUGAGGUUACUAUGGUUUUUUGCUCAGUGUAUCUAUGAUGAAUUCCCACUUAGAAAAAAACGUUCAACGGUGGUCCAAUACGUUGGAUCAUUGGUCCAAUGAAAGUACAAUCAAUCGUUCAACGGGAGGCCAACACGGGACCUUCGUUUGCCGAUUUUGAAACAGACCGUUGAACCGAAUGCCAUUUUUUUCGUUCAACAAACCCGGCAGACAGAGGUCCAUUGUUGAGCCAUUUUUGACAUGAGGAGUUGGAGCCCCGUUGGACUAGUUUUACUGCAGAAUUUCUGAAGUUUUCUCCACUUAUUUGUUUAAACUAACAAUACAUACCUCCAAAAUACUUCUAUUUCACGUAGAAUAACAACAAUUUUUCUUUCUAUGUAAAGGUAACACUUAAUUUUCACACUAUUUUUGCAAGAGAAAAAACAACAUCAAACCGUUCCAGCAAAUUGAACGAAUAUUUCGUGCAAUAUGUCGUUCAACAAGCGCUCAAAAAACCAACAAAAUUGAACGGCCUGCUGAGAGGGAUUGAAUCGUACCCUUCAGCAUUACCAGUUAUACAGAAAACUAUCUAAAGUACACUGUCACUCUUACAGUGUACCUCGACAGUGUACCACAUAGCGCAAAAUGUGUCCUCGAAAAUUUGUCGGAGUAUUCCGUAUUAUAAUUUGUAUUUGCCUCAAAAUCAAAUUGCAAGGAAAAACACUGUGCAACACUGUCCACAUAUUUGUAAGGGCCGUUUAAUUUGAUUUGAACUGUACACUCAAACAAAAAAACAUAUGGAAUUUCAUAAUGAUUCAUAGUAAUUGUAUGGUUUUAAGCAAGAAUAUCAUAUGCAAAUUAUAAAACCGCAUUCGUAUGAAAUCUAUAAUAGUGAUAGAUGAUAUGUAUAUUGAAGAGUCAUAAACAUUGUAAUAGAGGUAUACUUUCAUACUAUUUUCUGAAAUGGUGAUUUUUGAUGCAUUAUUAUAUUAGCCUAAAAACAGCAUCCGCUUUGCAGAGAAAUUCUGGAUGAUUCGGAGUUUACAGAGGAUUCGACGUUAACAUUUCAUAAGUUCACAUGAACCAAUGAUGGUUUCUCUUUUUUACUUCUCUUCUGCUUAAAACUCAUUAAUUUUCAUCUGAUACGUAUAAUUAUUAUUUUGCUAUCAGUACUAGAUUGCGAAUUGUUUUAUAGCAGUAAUUCAAAGAAGAAUAGCGUUUUGUAUCAGUGUAAGUUAAAGUUUACCUAUCUCAACUGCGUUUGGCAUUUUCAAAUAAAUUGGGUACAAUUUCUUCAAAACUAAGGACUUGGUUUUUAGUGUGCAUAUGUAUCAAAACGCAGCAUAAACUCUCUGAGAUUUACAAAAUUUAAUCAUCAGGAACACCGACCGGGCAACAGCAAAUAUAAACAAGAAGCAUACCGAGCGUAUCAUUUUUAUCGCAUUCAUCAAACGAUGCAACUUUCUGGCCGUUGAAGCGCGUUGUUUUUCUUUGAACUUGUGAAUUUUGAUAUCAUUUUAUUUUUUGUUUUUGGGGAAGAUAAGUAGAAUAAAAUAUGAAAAUCGCAGUUGAAGGUUGUGCCCACGGAGAGUUGGAAAAGAUUUACGACUUGGUUGAAUCCAUUCAGAACCAGGAAGGAUAUCAGAUUGAUCUUUUAAUCUGUUGUGGAGAUUUUCAAUCGACUCGAAAUUUGGAAGAUCUACAGUGUAUGGCAGUGCCGAAGAAGCAUUUGGAUAUUUGCACUUUUUACAAAUAUUAUAGCGGUGAGAAAAUAGCUCCAGUACUAACGCUGUUUAUCGGUGGUAAUCACGAAGCGUCCAACUAUCUUCAAGAAUUACCAUACGGAGGAUGGGUUGCACCGAACAUUUACUACCUCGGAUACGCAGGGGUAGUUAACAUAAACGGAAUUCGAAUAGGAGGAAUAUCCGGUAUUUACAAAGGGCAUGAUUACCUCAAGGGAAGAUAUGAGUUCAGUCCCUACAAUGAAACUACCAAACGUAGCGUUUAUCACAUCCGUCAAAUUGAUGUGUUCCGGUUGAAACAGCUCACACCCAAGGUUGACAUUCUAUUAUCCCAUGAUUGGCCCAGAGGAGUCACUAACUAUGGGAACAAAAAUCAGUUGAUUCGAUUCAAACCGGCGUUUAGAGAAGAAGUAGAAGAGAACAAAUUGGGAAGCCCUCCGUGUGAGGAUUUGUUGAUGAAUUUAAAACCUCCUUAUUGGUUUUCUGCUCAUCUGCACUGCAAGUUUUCUGCAUUGAUUCCGCAUGAAAGUGGAGAAAUUACCAGAUUUUUGGCACUAGAUAAGUGUUUGCCUAAAAGGCGAUUCCUGCAAGUUCUUGAUUUGGAAACGAAAGAUGAAUCCGGGAAAUUGGAAUUGAAUUACGAUUUGGAAUGGCUUACUAUUUUGCAUUUGACCAACCAUCUGAUUAGCAUACGAGGUAGCAACGGUUAUAUGCCAGGAGAGGGAGGCUCAGAAAGAUUCAAUUUUACUCCCACAGAAGAUGAGAAAAAAGUUGUUCUAGAACGAUUUUGCAACGAUUUACGGAUUCCACAAAAUUUUACUCGAAUUGCAGAACCCUAUAAUCCUGCAGCAGGAAUUGGUUUGGAUUUUGUUGAUCAACCUAAGGCUUAUAUCAAUCCCCAAACAACAGAUUUCUGUGAUAAGCUCAAUAUAGAUGAUCCGCUACGGUUAGCUAUGCUCAUGACUGGGCACACUCUCAUCACUUCAACGUAUGUCGAUCAAGGCCCGUUGAAUGUUUCAAUCAACUCGGACAAAAACCAUGGCGAACUUGUGCUAGAUGACGAUUCCUCUUCCAACGGGGAUGACCUGACAGAGGAAGUGCCUUUGUGUACCCGAGCACCGUUGGCAUCAGUACUACCAAAACCCAAAUGGAGACACGAUUCGAGCACCGAUGCUUCCACCUUGGAUGAUUCAUCUUUAUCGACUUCGAACCGCAGUGUAUUGAGUUUGCCGACACCACAAAAACAGGAUUCCAAUCUGUCGGAUAAUUUCACUAUAGAUGAGUUAAAUUUGUCCAGUCCCAAAAUUUCCGUCGAUACGAAAACUGGCGGAACGCAGCCCGUCGAUGGAAACAAAGUGGACUGUACCGAAGAGAAACCACCGAUGAAAAAAUUUAAACGGAGAAAUGAGGCAAUUUAUGCUAAGGAGGAUAGUGACUAAGUAUUGUUGCUGCCAGCCUGGAGUGAUUGUGACCAACAUUGGCAUUGGUGAGUAUCAAACAAUUUCAUUGUCAAAAGUAUAUUUAGAAAACUAAACUUGCUAAAAUGCAAUAUUCGUUAGAGAAAAAUUAUAACGAAGGAACUAUUAAGAAGGGACAAACUUUUGUAGGAAAUAAAAACUCUAGCAAUGAUUUGCGUACUACUAAUUAAGUGUUCGAGUGCAGACCACGGCAGAGUGAUCAAUCGACCUAAAUAAAUGUAUUAAAAUUGA